UUUUAGAAAUCAGACUGUGUGUGCAUGUGUGUGUGCAUGUGUGUGUGUUUGCAAUGCAGCACUUUCUUCUAAUUCCUACCUGAGAAGAGAACAUGGACACAGCUAGCAUCUGAUCCUGACUGGCAGGGCUUACAGAGAUCUGGGAAAGUGGAUUCUCCUCAUGGGCCCUGAUCCAGCUCUCUGGCUGAACACAGAGCGUGACACACAGGACUCUGAAGAGUUAACUAUGGAUUACGGCGGCCAUCUUUUCCCCACAGCCAAAGGGAAGGUAAUGUGGAGGAGUGUUUCUCAGCUACGGAGUUCAGCACAUUGAUUUUCAUCUAAUGAGAGAACUGAGGGGGACUUAAAGAAGAGCAACACUGGAACUUUUCACAACAAAACUGCCCUCUGAUCUGUUUGGAUGCUUUGACUGGCAGGAGACCCUCUGUUUUGUGGGCAGCAGGACGCACCUGCGAACCUUUAAAAUGCUGCUCCUGGACAUCAGCCUCAAGAUCGAGGACUGUUCUCCACCCCUGCCCCAAGAUGGACGUGGGAGUGAUGCAGAGACGGCACAACCCGGUGGACAGCAUCUGUCGCAAGCUGCAGACCAUUCAGCGCCGGGCCCAAGAAGCUGACUCCCCAUUCCAGAUCCCUCGCUUCCAGUCCAGCAGCUACGACAGCCCCCAGUCGGGCCUGCGCGGGAACCUGGAGGCCAUCCUGAAGAGACGGGCUGUACGCAGAGACAGCGAGUCUGAGGGGAGCCCGGGCAUGGUGACUCCGACCGGCUCCCCUGGGUCCCGCUGCCUUCCUCACACUCCCCUGCCCACCAAUAUGACGUACACCAUCGCCGGCACCCUUGGGGAGAAGCGAGAGGCGGGGCAGAGACUCGAGAAGGCAUGGUCACGCAGUUGCUCCACUCCCGCUGCCCUGCCCAGGCACAGAUACUUCAAUUUUUCCCACUGCACCACCUAUUCCAAGGCAGAGGGUGGUGCUGCCAAUGUGGACCAGCACCGGAGCCCCGCCCAGGGCAUGCACACAUACUACAACCUCAACUUCUGUACCUCGGAUGCAUCUGCCAUUCUAGACUCGGGUUCUGACCCAGGCUUCCCUGCCUUAGUGGUCAAGAGACUGUCCAUGGGAGAUGGUGCCCUUGACCGCUUGGAGCACAAGAAAGAGACCAUGGCUGAGGUCAGUCUCAUCUGUGAAGAGGAUCUCCUGGACACUAUCUUCCACGCAUGCGAUACCCAGCGCAGAGGCAGAGUUUGCGUGUCUCACAUUGUGGACUACUUGCGUCACACGACCAGCCGGGGAUCCGAGGACAGCGGCCUGGAGGAGCUGUGCAACAUGCUGGACCCCGACCGCAAGGACGUCUCUAUCGACCUGGUCACCUAUCACGCCAUUAUGAAGGAGUGGAUCCAGGACUGUCGCAACCAGGGGGAUGACACACCUGAGGACUUGCUGCAGGAGUCUUUGAGACUUAGAGACAGCCUCUCUGGGAGGCGAACUGCAGUGCUGAAUAUGACGUCCGGCAGCCUUGAGGCGUUUGGAGGGGAAGCCUCACGAGGCGAUCUCGAAACGUCUGACCUGGUGUACUGCGUGGCCGACCUGCAGUUUAAUAACCAGAAGUUGCAGGAUGAGGUCAGGAAGCUGAAGCAGGCAAUGGAGACCAUGGAGGAAGUCAACCAGAAGCUGACCGAGGAGAAUGAAUCACUCAAGACUCAGGCCAAAAUAGGUCAGCAUUUGGUACAGAAAGAGAAGCAGCUGAAAGAAGAAGUGGAGGAGAUGAAGGUGACACUGAGUGCUGUGGAGGAGAGGCGCACACAGGCCACAACACAGGUCAAGCACAUGGAGCGAGAGAAUCAUGGUCUUAUUAUGAAGAUUUCUUCUCUUCAAGAAGAGAACAUCAAGAUCAGCCAGGACAUUGAUGACCUUCAGAAGAAGAUGAUUGAACUAUGUGACCUAAAUGCUGAUCUCCAAGUGCAGGUCCACUCUUUUGAUGGCAUUCUGCAUGACAGGGAAUCUUGUGUGCGAGAGAAGUGCAGGCAGAUAGAGGAGCUAAAGGCUGUGAUUGAAGAGUAUUCAUCUGUGACUGAGGUGCUGAGAGCUGAAAAGACUAAGCUGGAGAGCCAGAUGCAGAUGAUUCAGCCAGAUGUGGCAGCUGCUGGCCUCUCUCUCUCAGUGGCAUACAGACUCAACCAGACCUGUACAGGGUCUCUACAGGCAGAACUGGCUCUUGCUCAGGGUGCUGAGCGGAUAUCCUCUCUCAGUUUUGCCUCGCCGUUGGAUGAGACUUUGGACAGAGAGGUGCUGUUGCUCCUUCAGGGUCCCACUCCUGAGCAAAUGUCCAUCCAGUUCAAGAAUAUCCUCAGCAAACUGGAUGAGGACUUUAAAGAGGACUGCUCCUCUGUGCUGUCCAAGCUAAAGCAGCUCAUGGAGGCACACUCAGGGCUGGACCCAAGCACAGAGCAGAAACUUCUGGCCCUGCAGACAGAGCUUGAGCAGAAGAGGAAAGACUGGGGCCACAGCCUGCAACAAGUGGACCAGUACACAAACUCACUGGAGAAGGAGCUCAUCAAGCUGGCCAGCAACAUGCGAAGAUCUCGCACAGAGAUCUUGCACCUGUCAGUCAGGGUCCAGGAGCAGGAGAACCAGCGGCAGCAACUGCAGGAGGAGCUGGUGCAUCUGAGAGCUCCACUGCCUGAGGGCAGAGAGGCCAGCGCCCAGACAGAGGACUUCCAGCAGCAGGUCAUAGAAGAGUCCGAUGGGCUCUCUCUGGGCUGGGAGCAGGAUUGCAUCCCGCAGAUCUCUUGGAAGGAGGAAGAGCCUAGCAUCAGGAGAGAGGAAGAGGAGCGGUCAAGCUUCAGGAGUCAGCAUGAGGAGCAGCCAAUCUUCAGGACGGAGGAAAAGCAUCAGCUAAAUUCCGGAAGGGAGGAAGAGGAACAACACAGCUCAAGAGAAGAAACGAGAGUCUCAGACUUCGAGGAAAAGGAGUUCAGAGAUACCACAGGCGGGGAAGAUGACCGUAGCAUCUUGGAUUGUGAAGGGCAGGAGUUAAAUGAGUCUAGGAGCGAGGGAGAGGGAGCGUACUUGAAGGACUCGAGCUUUCCUCAUUCCUCGGGAUCACCCCAAGGUCAAAGUGUCAAGAGUGAAGAGCUGGAGGGUACAGACACAAUAGAAACAUAUUUAAGAGGACAUAGUGACCCUACCCAGGAUGAUAGGCUCCCAGGAUGCUCUGGGCCUCAGGAUUCUAAGCAUCAUGCUACUCUUCACGUGCUUGACCUUCCUCAGACUAAUCUUGUUGAAGCUCUGAACCUGAACCCCCUGCAGCUACAUCACACUUCCUCUGAACAAGACCUGGUCUUAUCUCCUGGACACACUUCCUCUGACCAGGACCUGUCCAUUUCUUCAGGAGACCCUGAACCGAAAGGGGAUCUCACUAUGUUGCCUGAGCACACCGAGCCCCAGCAGGGCGAGAUGGUUCCCCCUGUAGGACAGACCUGCCUGGUAUCGGCCUGCACGCAGGGGGAGUGGGGAAGAGGAGGAAGUCUGGAGGACGCGGCGGCGUCCAACAUGACAGAAGCUAAGGACUGGUCCCUGGGUCAGUUGUCUGCCAGUGCGGUCACACUAGAGAGUGUCAAUCUCCGGUCAGUGACAGAGGAAGCAGGGCAGGUUUCACCAGAGAAGGCUCAAAUGGCAGCAGGCAGGCAGGCAGGAGGAGAGCACAGCCCCCAGUCUCUUAGAGGCUCUCCUCAGCUAGAAGAUGGACAGACUGAAACGCCUGCUGAUGUGUCCAAGGAGUCGAAGGAGAAUUCGGCUCUAAACCCCAGCCUUACAGAUGAUGGUUUAUCCCCGCUGCUCGGAAGCCAGAAUGCCCGUGCUCCUAAGAGAGACUGCCUGACUCUGAGGAAUAAAUUUAAGAGAGAACUGGAGCUUUCUGGCAGCAUGGAGGCAAUAGAAGAGCAGAAGACGCAGGAGGAGUUUAGUCAAGGGAUUGAGAAAGAAGAUGACACUCCACUCAAUUCUGAAGGUACAGCAAGUGACUCAACCAAGGAGGAGAAAAACAGCAUGUCUCCUAGUGAUAAAGAGGUUGAGGCUGAGUUCCACCGUCUCUCUCUUGGCUUCAAAUGUGACAUGUUCACCCUGGAGAAGAGGCUGCGUCUAGAGGAACGGUCUCGCGACCUGGCCGAGGACAACUUGAAGAAGGAGGUGGACAACUGCCAGGGGUUGCUACAGAUGCUGCUGCCCCUGUGUGAAGAAGACAAUAAGUCCAUGGAAAUCAUCAGCCGCCUGCAGAAGAACCUGGAAAUCCUCAUUCAGUCCAUGUCUCGAGUGUCUAGCCGCUCUGAGAUGCUAGGAGCCAUACAUCAGGAGAACCGGGUGAGCAGAGCGGUGGAGGUGAUGAUCCAGCAUGUGGAGAACCUUAGAAGGAUGUACACUAAGGAGCAUACAGAGCUCAUGGAACUGAGGGAGUCGCUAGUGCAGAGCGAGCGGUCCUUUAGCUCCAACACUGACAGAGAUGAUUUCCGGAACAAGAAAGCAUCUGGAUCUCAAUACUAUAAGCCCUCUUCCCGACGAGUCAGCAUUGCAGUUAUCCCCCGGAACAGCGGAGGCGCUGUGCACUUUGACAUGCCCAAGUCACAAGAGAUGGCCGAGACAGAAAUGGACAAAGCAACCAGGAGGAGCUCCUGGCCAUUUAAUUGGGUGACUCAUGACAUCAGGGCUGUCCACCAUCGUUGCAGGAAUACGACAGGGAAGAGCAGCCAGCAGCCCUCUUUAACGCAAUUUCUUAACACCUGUGCAUGGACGGAAACCAAUUAUUCCCCUCUAAUGAAAGGGCUCGAGCAGAAGGACUCCAAAUCGGAGGAAGAGAAGAAAGAGGCAACCACGGACAGGAGGUCCAGUCUAACGGAGCUGGGAAGUAGAAUCACAUCCCUCCUGACCUCAAAGAUCCACUCCCCAGACCAGAUGGCCUCCCAGCCCGAGGAUGUGCGCCCCUCGCUGCCCAGGAGGACCCGGGCUUGGUGGGUGCCAGUGGUGAUCGUGGUGCUGCUGGCGGCCUUCCUUGCCAUGCUCGCCAGCCUGGCGUUGCAGCCGUCAGUGGAUGCAGCUCCAGUGGGAACUGGGGACUCCUGGAUGACCAUCCAGCAGCUACUGUGGCCCUACACUGGCCUGAGGCACAAUGGACAGCCGCCUGUGUGAGGGACACUCAGCCCCCUGCUGGUCGUCCACGUUUCGGGCGUGGCCAGCCUUGCGCUGGGGGACUGAGGGAGGGGGACGGGGCCACACCGGCACAUGAAGAGGCACGCUUUAGCGCAUGAUGGGAAAGCACUUAGAUAGCGCCACCCAGCGCGUUCUGCGGGUGCUGAGGACAUUUUGAACCACACCCAGUGAGAUGUUGUUCCACUCAGUGCAACGCAACCAAAUCAUGGAAAUGAACUGCACUGCCGUCACCUCACAGCCGUCAGCAGCACUGCCCAAUAGCGUUGCCUGCAAUCGGUAUAGCAGGCCAAUCACGUCACAGCGAUCAGCACGGUACUGACAAGUCGCGUCACUGCUGUUGGGACAGUGCUGCCCAAUGGGAACCUGGCCACCAGUAGAGUGGAGGUGGCAGUUUCUUUUUUUAACUGUUUUACUGUAGCUUUGACUGAACGGGGUCAGAUGCACGCUUUGUUGAGGGAUGUGGCUGCCUUUAUUAGACACAUUUAUCAGUAAGCAGUGCAGUACCCACUUUAUUAAACAUGUUUUUAUUAAAGAGGUAAUAAAUAACCAUUCUAAGACCUAGGUUAUCAUUUUACUGUUUUAACGGAUUAGAAUAUUGUGUGGGAAUUCUGAAUAUCUAUAAAUUGUACAUAUAUUAUUGUUUGUGAUUUGUUAUGAGACACAAUUUUCUCCUUAAGUUCUUUGCUGUGUUCUACAUUAUGAGUUUAUGCACUUCUGUACGUUCCAUGACGGGAGAGAGGGAUUUGCACAAUAAAGCAUGUAAUACUGCUAAAA